UUGUGUGUGCCUCCCUCCUUCAGUAUAAGUACAAAUGUAGUACUCCAGUCACAGGCAACCAAAGAACCAUCACUUGGUACCAGUAGUGCAACAACUUGUUCAGUCGAGAGGAAUACCUUCUAGCCUUCUAGUAGCCAGGAUGGCCAUGGAGAGAGCUUGGAAGCCAAGGGAAAUUGCUGACACUUUUGGCAUUGAGAUGGAUGAAGAGGAGGCUGCGGCUGCGGCGAUACCGCCUCCGCAGACGCCAUUGGAGCCCAUGGAGUACCUGUCGAGGUCAUGGAGCGUGUCAGCGUCAGAGAUAUCCAAGAUCCUUUUCAACGGGAGCAAGAAGAGCUUUGCCGCCAAGCGUCUGCCGGAGAUGACCAUACCGGAAAACUCUGUGGUCGCUGCGUCCAUUGUUCCCAGCCAUCUGCAACAUAUAGACACAAGAAGGAAUUCAAUCAGCAGCCACCACCUGCCAAUUGGGAGGUGGUUCCAACACAAGGAGGCAAGCCGGGUCAAGCAGAGCAGCAAAGAGAAGCUGCGAGCCGAGAAGGCCCAUGUACACGCCAUGGUGUCGGUGGCCCGGGUCGCAGCUGCCGUUGCUGCGGUUACCGCGGCCACCACGAGCUCAGAUAUCCAGACCUCCAAGAUGGCCGCGGCCAUGGUGUCGGCCACCGAGCUAUUGGCUUCGCACUGCGUGGAGAUCGCGCAGCACGCGGGGGCACGCCAUGAGCAGGUGGCCUGUGCCAUCCAGUCUGCAGUUGGUGUUAGAAGCUCUGGUGAUCUGAUGACACUCACAGCAGCAGCAGCUACUGCUCUUCGAGGAGCCGCAACAAUGAAGCAGAGAGUGCAGCGAGAGAUGAGAAGCAAUGCGAGUGUUCUUCCGUAUGAGAAGGGUCACUCAUGGAGUCCUGACAUCUGGUGCAAGGAGGGGGAGUUACUGAAACGCACAAGAAAAGGAGAUUUACACAAGACACGAGUAUCUAUAUACAUCAACAAGAGGUCACAGGUCAUAUUGAAGUUGAAGAGUAAACACAUAGGAGGAGCACUAUCAAAGAAGAACAAGAGUGUGGUUUUUGGUGUGUACAACGAGCUUCCCACAUGGGUUGAGGCAGGGAAACAUUUCACAGAGGAGAGAUGCUGCUUUGGCCUGAGCACGGCACAAGGUCUGGUAGAGUUUGAGUGUGAGAACAGCACAAGUAAACAGAGGUGGGUCGAUGAUGUGAAGAAUCUGCUUCGGCAGGUCGCUGCAGAAGAGCAAGUGGAAAAUAAGUUGGGAUCAGUGAAGCUCAGUUGAUGUAGUUCAUACAUGUGUACACUAUUUUCAUGUUGGCAGGUGGUAUACCAUAGAAGGUGCCUUAUUGAUGCCAGGCGUAUAUAUUGUUGUACUCUUAAAUUGUCAGGUAGUUUUGUACUGUACACACAAAAUGAUAAGAUACAUAAUAGAUCAUAUGUUAGUCCAC